AUCAGAAGGUAGUCAGAGCUUAUAGGCUCUUCUCUUUAAAUCAAUCUCAUUCACUGGUAAACGACGAAACAAAAGUUACAUUUUACAACAAGGGAGUUCAUUGUAUUUCGCCUUCACGGUUCCCAAAGGUAGAUGUUUGUCAAGUGUCUCGGCGGUAACCAUGCAAGCGGUGUUCUUCAAAAGAUUUACUGACAGUACGAUAAGAAAUUAAACAAUAUCUACGCAGUUCACAUCCACACCUCUACGCUGCUGUUGGAAGGACGAACGCUUUCCAUCGUCUUGUUUCUACGGAACGAACGGUGCGUUUGUGUCCAGAUUUGUUACGCUGUUUUGAAAUCUGUAAGUUUACCUUCCGCAACCUUAAAAACGAACAAGAACUCAUUGUUGAUACUGUAUUGUUUUGCGUUUUGUUUCUUCAGUACACAAGGCUGUCAGCAUCCUCGACAAAUUAGCAUAUGAUCGAAUCGCGGUGUCUCUUCCACAAACAAGGACAGCAUUCUUUUGCAACAUUUACAGGGUUGUUUGGCAAACGCGCCACCCUUUUAGCUGAUAAUCUCUUACGACCCGCGGCUGACGAAAACCUACCAUUAAUCUCGCUGGUAGCUAUGUACCAUUCCUAGGAAAAGGACAGACCCCUAUUGGUGAGUAGCAAGCUCUAAUUUUAUGUUUUGUAGUAAAAUAGCCUAGCAUGACUUUCUCUGCUCAUGUCCGCAAACAAUACGGGAUGAAUAAAUUUUCACUGAGGAAAUGGGAUCAUAAUUAAGAUCAACUGAGAAAAUCUGUCUUUCAAGAAGCCAAUGAGAAUGCUUUUCUUUUGCACAUUGAAUGGGUACUAAGGAUUAGUUUAAACAAAAACAUCGGGGAAUAAACUGUUCUUUUCCCAAGCUGUUGACUAGAUCUUUUGAGAGUAGCUGUAUGUAUGCGUUUUAUCCGGGUAUCCAGAAUUUACGACUGGUAAAAUGUAUUUAACUAUCGACGACGAAGACUUGCAUGGAUCACAGUGUCUUCAUGAGUAAUGUUAAUGAAUUGUUUUAGAUUAUUAUUAAUCAAUCGUUACGUGAUGCACAUAGAUAAAGCUGGUCCUUUGUGGCCUUUGUAGCUGUUGCAUAUUAUCGCAAAAUUGUCAAAACUGAUGGUCCGAAAUAGUAACUCCUAAACGGUUUAUGUACUGAACAAAUGGAUAUCGAUGAACAGUGAUAAACCAACUGGCAAUUUCAUUAACACUUUAAUAAACUUCGGUACAUUUCUGAAAAGGACACUACAACUCGACACCUUGCACGCAAAUCGAUUUGUUUAUUUUGUCGGUGAAAUUGACCCUCUACGUUUUCUUCUGUCGCAAUACUUACACAUUACUUUAAAAAAAAAUUUCCUUUCCUAGUAAAACCUAAUUGUCUUUUCUUUUCUAGUAAUCCAGUUACUUUUUUCUGCUAGUCCCCAAUUAAAAUCUUGUUGUAGACUGUUGUUGUAAAUUUUUAGUAAUUCCAGAAAAAUGCAUGCUACGCUAGAUACGUAUGCUAAGCUUAUGUCAUGUAAUACUUUGUUUACUUAGGUAUUUUCUCCUCAAGUUCAUUUUUUUUCUCGAAACAUCUUAAAAACAAGAAUUCUAGAAAUCAUAAGUGAAUUUUAUUUAUUUAUCUGUUACCUCGGGGCUCCUACCCAAGGACUGAGUCUGUGAAUAAACCCGCACAGUUUUGAUUCUCUAAGAAUUAAUAAGCUCUACAUUGUACAUUUUACGUAAUUAAAAGUAGAUUAUCUUUCGGUAAAAUCAGGCGUUUCACGUGUUUAGCAAGUUUGGUUUAGACAACUUUAACCAAAUGUCGGAAAAAAGUGGCGAAUGUCCUUUUCUUAGAAGGACGACCAGGUUAUCACAUGUAAAAAGGCCCGAGAAAAUGACAGGAACUUACGCCAAAAGGAGCGGCGAAGUCUUUUCGUUACACAGCCCCGUUAUCUGUUAUACUCGGGCCUAAACACACACACGCCAAAUAGAAGCUUCCGCAAUUGCGACAAGAAUUACUCUUCUUGAACAAAAGUGUUGAUUACAUCUCCAGGAUGUCAAAAAAUUAACUCAAAAAGGUAGAAAACACAUACGAAUCUCGACGUUUAGCCUGGAGAACAGGCCGCGUGAGUAGGCUCGCUUGCUCUCGUUCCCUUGAAGAGCGUAAAAGACAUAAUGACACCUUCUCUACAAGCCGGUAACAAUUGCCUUCUAAAACUUGAGGCUCUUUCAUGCGAGAACUGUACAACUAUUUUGAAGGAGAAAAACCCUUUAUUUGAAGCAAGAAAAGGACGUCCAAAUAGCGUGUUCAAAUUCGUUGAAAUAGUGCCAUCAUAAAAUAUAUAGCGUGAUUCAAGUUGUAUUUACAAGCGUUUGUUUUUGCAACGCAAAUAAGUGCGAACUGGAUUUGUUUUGAUGCAGAUGAAUAGUUUUCACUUGUUACAACUAACAGACAAUUUGCCCAGCUCCUCCGCCUAUUUUUUCCCGGUUUUCAAUUUUCCUCAUCUUUAUCUCUUUUUAGUUUUAGUUUCGUUUUGUUUUUGUUGUUCUUUUUCUUCUUUUAUCGUGUUGCUCUUUCCACUCGUGGCAGCAUGUACUAUAUCUCGUCCUUUUUUACUGGUUUUACUUUUGGUAAAACGAGCGGAAUCAUUUGCUGAAAAUCGAUGAAUGAAGUUAUCCUUCUUGCCACGGUCUUCAAACCCGGAACAAAAACAGUCUGACUGUUAGUCAAUGGGUUAUCAUUAUAUUACAUGUUGAUUAUUAAUUUGAAUUGAUUGUUCUCUCCUCAGAAAAACAAUCCAGCAGGCUUAAGUGGACUGUAGAAUGAAUAUGCUUCUUCCGGCAUAUUAUGACUUUCUCCUUUGAUUUUGCUGUGAUUUCCAUUACACCAAAAUACAGGAAUUUUAGGUCAGAAACUGAAUGGAACGGUUUUUUUAUAACAUGACAAGUUUGGGGAAAGAUGUAUCUUAAUUUAAAGGAUGGACCAAUCGUAUCGGAGAUUUGCCUUUUCUUACUUUCUCAGUUAAGGUCUUCUUGAUUUCGGGGAAUGGAUCCUGGUGCGAUCUAACCUAACGAGAAAGCGAUAUUCUUCGGAAAUCUGUCCUCCUGAUUCAGAAAUUUUAAUCCAACGGAUCGCUGUGGAGAUUGCUAGAUGGUCAGUUGAAACCGUUAGUUGUUGUGUUUCUGCAUAUUUUAAUCUUUUUUGUAGUCACAAAUGACAAUAUCGAAGCUCUCCAUUUCCUACAACAAGUAGUCGGUACAUUUGUACUUUGCGCGAGAUCUCGAUAGCAGAAACCUCUAUUGAAUAAUUAAACUGCGUUAGUUAACGAUAGACUGGACCGAGUUCAUUGUCGUUGAUCCAUUGAAGAGGAUUUCGUACCAUCGAGGAAACGGGAACUCGAUCUUAUUUAAAGCUUAGUAUGAUAACAAACGCAAUUGAAAGUGAUUUCCUUCAAGGGAAUUUCUUUCCGGGCUUUUCCGAUAACAGUACGUUGUUAAUAAAAGUUGUAAAAGGUUUCGACCAAAGACCGCAAAAAAUAUUUCUCACAUCUUUGAUACGAAAGGCAAACAAUUUAAUAGGUAAAUGCAUUGAAACUGCUCAGUUUUCCGAGUUUGCAACAUUUUUUUUGGUAUAUAAGGUCACUUUUAGAAAGGAUCUCACAAGGUAGAAUGACUAAUGUUAAUGUUUGUUUGUACUUAUGCCCAAGAAAUAUCCCCCUCCCCCACCAUCCCCCCGCCCCCCCACAGAAUAUGACAGGAACUUCGCAAAAAUCAAAAUGUUAUGAACUUUCUCUCAAUUCAAAAUCGAAUCCCAGACAAAUGAAAGUAAACAAGUUGACAGCGUUAAGUUUUUUACUGAAGGACACACAUAGUUUGCAUCCAGAUGUCUUGUAAAAAGGUUUAGAGAAAAGCAGAAGGUACUUUGACAGUGUUUUGCAACGGGAUUGAAAAAAAACAACAACAACAGUACAGGCCGAAAGGACAGGUUGAGGGAAAUGGUGGACCAUAAAGCAUCUUAAGUAUAAACCAUUCACUUCGUCUGAACGAAACGCCAAGAACUACGUUUCGGCGCCAUCCACACAGAUUCGUUUUCAUCACUUAUAAUUAAAUGAUCGAUGAUCACGUUCAUCGAAAACGCUCUUCAAGCGGAGGCAUUUAAAAGCGAAGUUCUAAAUAUCAGUGUGAACAGCCGAAAAGGAGAUCUUUGAAUACAACUCACUCAUAUCAACUGAAUUCCGAUCCAGUCUCCCGGAAGGGUAAGAAUCAAUAUGGCGGAUGGGACGCUCGGCUGUUUGUUUAUCGUUUUUUUUUAUCGAAUGCAUAUUCUCGUCUUGCCGAAUAUAUCAGAGCUUUGAACAACUGCCGCAUGAAUCAGACUCGUAGACACUAAAUCAUCUUCAGCGAACAAUAACAUUGAAAAUUUCCCCGGCGUCCCGCCAUAGAUGUUUAUUUAAUGUUGCUUUUAUCUGGCAACACAAGGUUAAUACAAGAGUUGAAUUGUUCCGAGUCGAAUGAACAAAUACCAAUUAUUUAUUCGUUUGAUCAGAGUAAUUAGUGUAAUAGUUUCUGAGGCAGUUCAAAUGCAAAUAAUUUUACAAACUUAACUUAUCCUGCAAUGUCACAGAAUUUCGAGGCGCAGCGUCGUUGAAUUGCAGAUCAGUCAAGAUAAGAAAUGUCUUGUUAGGAAAGGUUGUUAAGAAAAAAAUAACGUGGUCAAAUUAAAUGUAGUGUUUGCGUUUCUAAUUGCUCCGCCAAGUAAAUUGGCUAACGAGAUUUGAACAUCACCUGGCAACCUAAUGGAGAGGAAAUGAAAAAAAAGUAUUCCAAUUGACAAAUAUAAACAUCAGUACAGAAAAUUAAACCAUCGUCCAUAUCGCAAAGAUUAUAAUUUAGUUGUUGAGUGUAUUAGGUAUAGAUUAGACUGUCAAGAGAGCGGAGUUCUCGAUAUCAAAGUGACGCAUGGAGUGAUCGAGGGCUCACAAAAUCGCUUUCUAGAUUUGGUUACGGCAUCCGUGGAUAGUUUAACUCACACUGUAUUACUAUAUUGGAUGUGUGCUAGUUCCCUGAUCUUAACAUCCAAUACACAACAGCAUAGAAGUUAAAAUCAAAACAUUGAAAAGGUACGUAUUACCUAGUGAAGCUUGCUUACUGCUUUUUUUCGAGGGGAACUGAACAGUGUGCUACAUAUUACGCCAUUUUAUGUUUCUGAAUUGGCUAUUUCUAAGAGUAUCGUGCAUGGUCAUCGAUUACGAUAUAUCUUAGUUCGCAAUGCCAUGCAGCGUAUUCUCCGUUAUUUUAUUGUAUUUUUUUCUUUCCUUCUUUUUCUUUUUCUUUUUUUAUUGUAGAAUAGCAAAUACGUUUGACAGUUGCUGUACUGAAAUCCUAUAAGCAAUUUGGAGCCUCUGAAAUAUUGAGAAAUUAGCGUAUUUACUCUUUGCAAUUACCUUUUUUAUUAAAUGCCUACGCUCAUGAAUAGCGUUCUUGUUUUAUGGUUACAUAUCUAAGAGUCAAGCCAUUUUUAUUAUGAGAAACUUUAUUUUUUAAGUAAUAUGAAUUAAGAUAAGGGGCAUCUUCAUUAUCCUACCACGAGUGUGAGUUUUCUUUUAGAACGCUUAGAUGCAAGGCAUUUGUUUGCUCUAGUUCAUUGUACAGCACGUGUUCUGCACCAUUUUUUUUUUUCAAUUUUUUCUUCUAUUAUUUUCUUGACAAUACACCUCAUGUCGAUCAAGUGAUGAUUACUUUUAAGUUAGUAUUUGUUGUGCCCCCCUUUUUUUAGAUUUUUAUACAGUUUUGUAAAAGGAGCACGGUAAAUAAUUCCCGUCACGAUUUAUCUUUAUUUGUGUAAUUUAUAUGCUGCCUUUCAAAAUGUAAAUAUGAUUGGCAAAUGAACGUACGUGGUUUGAGGUUUAUAAGUAAGGCGCGUGACAGUUUUGGAAAAAAGGAAAACGCGUGUUGGUAUUUCGGCGAAAACUAUUACAGUACACGUGAUCUUCUGGAACGGCAAAACAUGUGAUUCUAAACUAAAUUCACUUUUCAUUUAGUAAGUUUUGUGAUCAUGAGAUGUAGUCCGUAUACUAUAUUUUCCGAAUAAAACGGCUUUAAAAAGACAUAUAUUAGGGUUACUUUUCUGAAAAGCCAGAAAACAAGAGUUUGUCUUUUAAUACAACUCAGUCAUCGUUUGAUUUUAGUUUGUUUGUUUGUUUUUUCCAGCAUUGCGUGUCGCUGUCGAACUCUUCUAAGAGAUCAAACUUUUGCUGAAUUCUUAGUGAAGCAGAGAAAACUAUAUAAAACGAAAAGCAAUCUUCUUGAACAAUUUUAAGCACGGUCCAAUUAAUCUUUUCUAAUAAAGUCAUAAAAGAGACACCGCUUUUCCUUUGCUAUGCCCUUACUCACAAAGGUAGGAUACGCCGUACUUUUUGAAAGUCGUAUGGUGCCUGCAAUAUCAUUAUCAUUCUUUUAUUCUUAUUUUUUUAACUUCUAUAAAAUUUUAUCUCCAAACAGUCGAAACAGUUUUUCCCUUUUUAAUAAUUACUACUUUUUUAUUCAAAAUUGGAGAUUCAAUUAGCGGUAAACUGCAAUUUUUUAAACCGCAAGAUUACGCGGUCUGCCGAUGCCCGAGGGAGAAAAAAAUCAAAAUUGAUCCUUGCAUAGUAUUUACCCAAAUAAAGCAUGUAAUUCUUCAGUUUAGUUGAGAGAAUCUUAUUCAGUUUGUUUUUCAGAUCAUUUAAUUUGUUGGCAUGUCUUUUUGUACUGUUAGCUACAUGUGGAUCUCAUGUUUGGUGUUGAACACCAGAAGAUGACUUUUAAAGCAUAAAAAUCUUUUAGCAUAGCAAUUAUAUACGCCGAAAAAUCUUGUGAUUUGGCGAUUUUAAUCACUGAAGUUUCUUAAAACAAAUUAAAAUAACUGGCAAUAGAAAAUAAGCGGAUUUCGGUAUCAGAAAGAAACUAAUAUACGUACGAGGCAGAUCACGUAAAAAACCGACCCAUUCAUCGGGGAAACUAUCAAAAACGAUAAUUCACUUAUCACUUUUUGAACGGGAUGAAGUGAUCCUUGGAUCUUCUUUUUUUGUGUUCAGUUUAAUAUUGUCUAAUUUGUGACUUUGCAGGUCUUAAAGUUACGUUUUAGAGCAAAGAAAAGAUAGCUAGCAAUUAAGCUGUCCUCUCAGCGUUUGGGUAAAGCUCUUGAUGAGCUCUCAUAUACGGCUAAACAAGAGCUAGAUACCGAUGAUUGUUUUGAAAGAUUUUUUUUUUUUUUGCAAACGCAAAGUUGUCGAUCACCAAAUGUAGUUGAAUCGUCAAUUUUGAGCGUUAAAAUUGCCUAGCCCACAAAACAUUGAAAUCGUUUAGCUUUAAAAGGAUCUUUCAAUCAUGGUGACGAAAAAAAGGUGUCAUCAUAUCAAAUGAACUUCGUUCUUUGUUCGAUUCGGUAGGAAAGCCUCGCUUCUAAUGGAUAUAUAAGGCAGAACGUCGAAUUUGAAUCCGGGUAAAAAUCAAGGCUUACCUCAUGGUUCGUGACGUCACCAGAAUCUUGUUGAAUUUAGUAUUUAGUGAACAAAAACACCGCCAAGCUUACAAUUCAGUUAUCAGCUAACAUGUGCUCAGAUCAUUCGGAUGGCUUAUCAUGUCAUUGCACUCAAUGCGUUUAACCAAUUGAAAACGUGAACAGAAUGUAUCAUAAUUUUAAAGUUAAGGCUUCAAACUUGCUAAAAGCCACUGAACCUGGUGCUCUUUACAUUGAGGGAAAAACGUCGAAGGUUAUAACCGUUUGCUUUAAACCAGAAGUGAGAAUUUAAAAGUGAUCUCCUAAUUGUUACAAAUUACUAACGGCAUUACAUUGGACAGAAAUAAGCAAAUUCAGCUUACGCCUGCUAAUACUUAAUGGAUUGAACUUUUAGGGCUACUCCUUGGAAACCGAUUACCAUAGAGCCAAGUCAGUAAAUUAAUACUUUAUAUUCAGUUUAUAUUUAUGUGAAGUGUUCUGAUUUGAAACCAUCUUUGAUAUGCCUCAUCCAUUUUAAGCACUAAAUGUAUUUCUUGUUUAUUGUUUAGGCUACCUGAAGACCGCAAUGUUAAACAACACCACAUUUACGAACGCGACAAACAGCACAAAUGGCACUGGAGCUGGAGCUGGACCCCGACCUCCUCCUUCCCGCCAAGUUGAUGUCGUUGCUAUGGUCUUCUUUUGCAUCCUUGCCUUGAUGAUUGUGUUUGGAAACUCGCUAGUUAUCGGUGCAUUCCGCGUUAACAGACGACUUCGCACAACAACCAAUCUGCUAUUGAUGUCCUUAGCUAUCGCUGAUUUGCUGAUCGGAACGGUCUCUGUGCCGCUAUGGGUUUUUAUAUCUGUAACAUAUACCGUUAGAGGUCCAUUGUAUAAUUUUUACUUGAUUUUUGAUGUCAUCUGCGGCGUGUCUUCGAUCCUAAAUCUCACUGCCAUCAGCCUAGAGAGGUGUUAUGCUCUACUUCACCCGAUAAAGCAUCGAAACAUCAGAAAACGUAAGUCACAAUAUUCCUUACUUGUACUUCAAGGAGGCCGAGCGUUUAGAGCGCUGGACUUGAAAUUCGAUGGCCCCGAGUUCAAGUCCCGCCCUGACCACUAGCUGGAUUUCAUCUCUGUAGUCCCGAGUUCAAUCCUUGGCACGCUUGUGAAAUAGCCAACUGGUUCGCCUCCUACCAGUUAGGAUUUUUAACCAUUUUAUGUUCAAUUGAAAUUAUUUGUUUCAUUAUCCCUGAAAAGCCCCACAAGGGGAGAGGAUAAUUAAAUCUUUUAAUAAUGGAAGAUUAUAAAAAAAAAGUUGCCAGCUCUACUAAACUAAUACGGGUACUAUCUGUCAUACUAAAAAACAAACAGAAACAGAAACUAAAACAAUACUGUUCACUUUACCGAAUUUUUAUGGCCGAACGAUUUUUGGGACACGCGAUGAUGCCCACAAUUAUUCAAACUUUCUACACUUGACGGAAUUUAACGAAAUUCGAGAAAGAACAAGAAGAAACAGUGGAAUGUGUAAAAGGGAUGUAAACAAUCUGUAACAGAAACACGGUCCAUUUUGAUAUUCAGGGCCACCGAGCAAUUGCUAAUGUUUUUCCGAAUUGGUUAACGGAAAUCCAACAUGGUAUACUUAAAGACGUUUAUUAUUUUCCAAUUCCGGCAAUAAUUUACCACCGCCUGGUUAGCUCAGUUGGGAGAGUGCGGGUCUGCUGGGUGGAAGGUCCAGGGUUCAAAGCGCAGUCGGACCAACACUCAGGGUCUUCAGAAGUAACUGAGGAGAAAGUGCUGCCUUUGUAAGGACAUCUGCAACUGUUUAGACUUUUUAGUCUUCUCGGAUAAAGAUGAAAAACUGUAGGUCUCGUCUCAUAGCCCUUUUCUUGUCUGAUUAUUGUAGGACAAAAAAAGAUCCCACACCACUGUUCAAAAACAGUAGAAGAGGUAGACCCUGGUGGUAUGGCCAACCUUUCCUGGGCUGGGUGGGUUAUCCGUAUGAUCCACCUCCAGGUGUCGUAAUGGCUACAUACCUCUCAUGUAAACAGUAUAUGUAUGAUAGAUGAAUUAUCAUUUCGUUGUUGGCAAAUUGCUCUUCAGUUGAAACUCCUUAAGGUGGCUCCGUGAUAAACACAAGAGCAGUUAGCUGUGACAAAUUUUCCGUCAUAACUUUUUCGAUUUUAACGCGAUGGCUGCGAAACUUUGCAAUUAACAACAGAUAUCAUUCGGCAAUAAUACGAAAUAUUCCGAUUUCAUUGAUGGUAAAUAUUUCUUGAGAAAUUAGCGCUUAAAAGGACUCUACUGUUCAAAGAAAAUCGCGUCUAGUAAAAAGUUUUGCUGGUAUUUUUUACUGAAAUUUCUGGUAUCGGCUUUAAUUGAUAUAAUAAAUAUGCCAGAGGAAUUUCAGAAAAAUCGUUGGAGCAGAAGUCCGUAACUAAAAGUCGGUCAAAAUUCAGCUGUGAAAUUGUUUUGGAAUUUCAAAAAUAAAUUACUAUCAGGAAGAAGGAGACACCAGUUUCAAAUUUCGGGACAAGCAACUUCAGUGUGUUUCCUAAUUCUGAAAACAGAAGCCGAUUGCCUAUCGUGCUAUUCUUUAAAAGGUACUUUUCAGUUUUUAGAUGCACUAUUAAUUGCUCCAAACUUUGCUCUGACAUCGAAUGACUUGGUCCUCGACAUUUUUAUAAUAUCCCUUGGCAGUUUUGGUUCAAACUCCUGCUACAUAGCAUUUUGAUGUAUUGCAAAGCAUCCCUAACGGCUUUUCCUGCUUUACGUUGUUUCCAAUUCAGGAAAAAGGUAUUGGGAUUGUAAGCUACCUAGUAUCGAAGCUCAGAUAGAACUGUCCAGUACCUUUGUUUAUGACCAGAAAAUGAGCACGAGCGGCAGCUCUGCGAGGAAUUCGCACUUCAGCCAGGGGGGACGAGUGACAAUGAUGCCCAUGUCUGUGAACCGAUCUGUAUAAACAUGUAUUGCAGAGCAAAACAUAAUAAUCAAGAAAAAAAUACCCAUUCAUUGAAGGAAGGAGUGACAAAAAUUUCAGAGUUGUAAAUUCAUUCACGGGCAGUAUUUUUGCGAUAAUUUUAUUUUGCACUGUGAUGUUAUUUGGUUCACAAGCAUGGUCAUCAUUGUCGGUCGUCCCCUCUGGGUGAGGUGCGAAUUCCACGCAGAACUGCCGCUCGUGCUCAUUUUUUAGUCAUAAACAAAGGUGCUGGACAGUUCUUUCUGAGCUCUGAUACAAGGUAGCGUCCAAUCUCAAUACUUUUUUCCUGAGUUGGAAGCAACGAACGGCAGUAAAAGUCGUUGAAAAUGCAUGGCAAUACAUCAAAAUGUAUGCAGCAGGAGUUUGAGCCAAAACUGCCAGGGGAUAUUUUAAAACUGUCGACGAACAAGUCAUUCUACUUCAGAGCAAGGUUUGGAGCAAUUUAUAGUUCUUCUAAAACUAAAAAGUACCUUUCAAAGAAUAGCACGAUAGCAGUCUGCUUUUGUUUUAAGAAUUAGCAAGCGUUGAAUUUACUUGUCCCGAAAAUUCAAACUGGUGGCUCCUUCUACCUGAUAGUAAUUUAUUUUUGAAAUUCCAAAACAAUUUCACAGCUGAAUUUUGACCGACUUUUAGUUACGGACUUCUGCUCCAACGAUUUUUCUGAAAUUCCUCUGGCAUAUUUAUUAUAUCAAUUAAAGCCGAUACCAGAAAUUUCAGUAAAAAAUAUCAGCAAAAUUUUUUACUAGACGCGAUUUUCUUUGAACAGUAGGGUCCUUUUAAGCACUAAUUUCUCAAGAAAUAUUUACCAUCAGUGAAAUCGGAAUACUUUGUGUUAUUACCGAAUGAUAUCUGUUGUUCUUUGCCAAGUUUCGCAGCCAUCGCGUUAAAAAACAAAAAGUUAUGACGGAAAAUUUGUCACAGUUAAAUGCUCUUGUAUUAAUUACGGAGCCACCUUAAAUUUGCGAAAAAAAAAUUCUUUCUUAGCACUGGAAUUUAUUCAAUAGAGUUUUCUCCCCUCUGAGAUUUAUGCGAAAACCGUUCCGGUAAGCCUCAUCCCUUUUUUUUGUAGUAGGCAAACUUUUUUUUUUCUCAAGGCGUUGACCAAAACUCUGAAAAACACUAUUUACCAGACAAAGCAGUUUGACAAGUUUUCAUUUCUGACCAAUGAAAUAUAGCGUGCGCAUAUGACUUCCCUUGAGUUUGUCACGCGUUCCUGUUGUAAGUAAACACACCCAUUAAGGCCAUGUUCACACUAAACCGGAUGGCUUUUCAGCUGACAACCAUACCGGUUGGGGCUUUUGUUCACACAUGAUACCGUGAGUUCGCCUCCGGUCUUGGAAGUGUGGAAAAGUGGAUCCGGCGUUGCAUCUAAAAGACGUUUCGGCGGCUCUUCGUCGAAGCGAGGAGUGGAACCUACUGAGAUUGAAGUAAAUAUUUAGAGUGAGGAUUAGAAUUUGGUCAGAUCCUCUCGGUCAACCGCAGCACCGCAACGGCGAUGUUCGAUGUGUGUAAACCGGGUUUGUUGCAGUUCUGUGCCGUUACCGUUCAUAAUUUUCCCGGAUAACAUUUCAUGCCGACACUAAAGGUUAUCCAGUAUUUUGCAGACAUAUCCUUAGGCUCGAUUACCGCCACUUUCCUGAGUCCGGUCUUCUAUUGAACGUUUUAGUGUGUGGUAUCGCACCCUUCUGACUCAGUAACAAAAUGCAACAUGACACGUAUAAAAUCUCUCGAUAUUGCAUACUAAACCGUCCAUUAAGUUAUAAGUCAUAUUUGACCAUUUGUCUAUUUGUUGUUUACAGGGUCUGUGGUAGCCAUAAUCGUCGUUGUAUGGAUUCUUUCCUCAUUGGCUGGAUCAAUGGUAGAAUUUCUACCCUUGGAACAAAAGAAAUUCUAUGGCAUAAUUGUAACUGUCGCAUUCUUCUUCACACCACUCAUCGUUAUUUUGGUAGCUUAUGGUACGAUCUUUCACAUAGCUAGAGCGCAUGCACGAGGCAGAGGCGUCAGUUCUUUCAAAAAGGUACUCUGCUAUGCUAUUGUUAUUGCCAUUGCUAUUGAUAGUCACAGGAAUUCUACCACUGGACCGUACUGUCUGUAUGAUCAUUAUCAUGUGUGCUUUUUCUCGAUGAUACCCAGUGCUAAAUACCAGUGAUCAUAGUCCAUGUUUUGGUAAUAUGUUACAAUCUCAUGAAAACUAUAGCUAACGUUCUCAAAAAACACAUAUAUUGUCAAACCUGUAUUAUACGGUCACUCUUUGGGAAUGGCUUACUGGUCGCUUGAUAUAGGUUGACGGUUUAAUACAACUUUGACAAACCUAAGAGUUGUUCAAGCAAAUAAAGAUGGUCAAAGAGCGAACCCGCGACAAAACCACCUCAAAGUGCCUAGGCCUUUUUCUUGUGCCAUAAAAGGAGGUAAGAGACCAAUAAACGCCAUACAAACUGUAUCUAAUGCAUUAGUAUCGUACAUAUUGUCAAAGUGACCGUCUAAUAGUAACGUAAGUCGUUUGUACGGCGCUGGUAACUGUUGGCUACGAUUCAGUGGCGUUUGUUCUAAGUUAGUAAACCAGCUUUCUAAAGUAAGACGUUGAUAGUAGUCUGUAGAAUACGUUAUACAUGUCGCAGAGUCCCAGUCAAUUUGAUGUUUCGUUUUUAAAUGGUGCUCAGCAAUGCGAUUGUUGACGUCACCAUUCCUCGUCGUACGUUUGUGUGCGGUCAGUCGCGUGCUUAGGUUUCUGCCGGUUUCAGCAAUGUAAGAAGCCUGGCAGUCGCAGCAUUUGAUCUUGUACACUGCUCCCUGUCUGUCCUCCGGUUUGUCUUUGUCCUUGACAUUAGUAAGCAGUCGCCGUAAAUUGGUUAUCGGUUUGUGUUGCAACACGUAUAUUGUAAGGUUGUAAUAUACAUGCAAUAGUUUCAGAGGUGCCUCUGACGUACGGUAUAGUCGCUGUCGUAACAGGGCCAGAGUUGGUCUGAGUGUUGGAAUCAGUAUUACUGUGAGUGUUCCGUCUAACAAAGUCCGUGUUGUAAUUGUAAUUGAAAUGACUCCUGGGUUCAAACCUUUCACACUAAUAUACAAUGUUGCCCUUUCACUCAGGGUCACUCUUGCGUGUUUCGCUUUUUGGUAGUUUUUAUUUUACGGUUUGUAAAAGCAGGUACACCUACUCCCUUAUCAUUCCCCAAUAUUCGGUUGGAUCCAGCGCCGUAAAAAGAGUUAAACUCGACGUUUUUUUGGUCAAUUUUUUUGUUGAACAAUUCGGGAAUCCUUCCAAUACUUCCAAGUAGCGAAAGUCUCCGAUUAGAUCUUUCUUUUCUAGAAAGUUUUAAUCGAGGUUCUUUAUAGCAGGAAACCAACUGUUCUUAGCUUGAGAAUAUUAAGUUUCUGGAGUAAUCUGGCCCUUAAUAUCGUUUCAACUGCACGCAAUGACCUUUGCUUUACCUUCUAUUUUGGAAGCCAAAAACAAAAAGUCCGGGAAAAUCCGGUAGUGCCAGGCUGCCGCGCGGCAUGAAAUUAGGCAAUUACUUACAGCUCACUUGCUCCCAAAUAUAGUACACUUCAUGCAGUUCCUAUCGGUAUAAUAAUGGACACUUUAUUUUGCGGGCUCCUGACUUUGUCCCUUUGGUGUUCGCACCGUAAAGAAGUUUCCAUGCAUCCCCCGUGGGAGAUAUAAAGUAACUUAGCAUGAAAAAUAUACCACACAAAUACAAGAUUUUUAAACUGUACAGGGACAACGGAUCCAAACUCUUCAAAAUACUCUAACUGCCCUCGCAUCGUGUUCAUCAGUCGUAGGAUCUUAUCGGCAACGUUAUCUUUCAUUACGUAACUAUUCAAUGGCGCUGAAUGUUGUUGUUGAUUUUAAGCACGUGCACUAUCUUUCUUUAAUGUAGGACCAACACUGGCAAAGCUCUACAAGCAUUAGCAACAAAAAGUUGUUAAUCAGUGUCAUGGAGUGACGUACACGCUCAUAUAAAUUACUAACGGCGGCUAACCAAAAGUGGUUUCCGCGACACAAAGAAACGCACAAUGAACGAUGCAAUAGGAUGGUCACUUGACGGAAGACCACAAAAAAAACUAUAUAGAAGUACGACUGAUGAAGACUAAGGCAAAGUGCAUUUUGUCGUUGGCCAGAUAGUUUUCACUGACGCUUUUCUUUUCAUGUUGAUGUUGUUUUUUUUUUUCUGAUUUGUUUUCUUUUUCUGCUUUUAAAAUUAUGUUAAUAUUUUCUGUUUUUCUUUUGAUUGAUCUAGAAUUCUACAUAGAUGAGUAGAUUAUUUGUCGUUUACUCCAUUGAAAUAGAAGUUCUUUUCACACCGUGUUUGGUAUGCUUUAUGAUUUUAUUAAAGCCACAAUUUAACGAUGUUGCUUUUGUUUCAGGAUUUGCGUAUUGCUACAACAGUAGCCGUAGUCAUUGGCCUUUUUGUCAUUUGCUGGACUCCAUUUUUUGGCCUCAACUUCGGGUUCGCGGUUUGUAUGGCCACAUUGUCCAAGGGAGCCGGUUGUUCAGGCCUUAUGACUUUGCCUUUCGACUUUCCGUGGAUUCUUUCGGUAAACAAGUGGCUUCAGUACGGAAAUUCGGUUUGUAAUCCCGUUAUUUAUGGCUUCCGCAACAAAGAUUUUCGGCGAGCGUUUCGAAAAAUUUUACUCGGAUUGUGUUGUAAAAAGGUGCGGCUGUCAGACUACAGCAAGAGCGCGUACGGACGCACGGUACGAAGCGCUUACUUACGGCGAGAAUCAAGCUUUGAAAACUCACGAUCAGUCAUCUUCCCUCCCAACGUACCGCUUGGAAUGUUUGACAUGCGGGACAGCUACCGUAAGGCGAUACAAAGCGGACGCAGCAAGCCGAUUAAGCUUAAAUUUACACCAAAGAAAAGUGUGGCAGAUGGUCUGCUAUCAAUGAACGUUGACGCCUUUCGCACUUCAAAUGAAUUUACUUCAAGUACGAGUGUCUGGAAUUCGUCUUCCGAGGCUUCCGUCUCUCCAGCGGAGCUUUGUAACCCUGCCUUCGAGGAGGACGAUCAAACCGAUAUCUGCCCUAUUGAUCAAGCGAUACCAGGGAGAGAUUCUAACGACAACAUCUCCUCGCAAUCAACUAAUUCUAUGUAUAUGAGUUCAAAAGGAUCUGUGCACAGCGACCAAGCCUAUGUUCGAUUUUCGGAUUCCAAAACCAAGGAAAAGGAUAGCGAACCCAAAACCGUUGCUAACCUUGGUUCUGCUUUGGACAGGAAAAGGUCAUUAUCGGAGAUAUUUCUACGUACGACCAGUGCAAAAGACAGUCUCAAAAGAAAACUGCGGUCGUCAUUUUCUUAG